AUGUAUAAGUUAGAUUUACCUGUGGAUUACAAGGAGGCUGCUGCCAUUGAAAGGCGGAAGUUGAUGGAAGAACAGAGAAAAUCGCGAAUUUUCAACUCGAAAACCAGAACAAUCGGGGUAGAUAUUCAAGCAAUAGAACAACAAAAUUUAGAUAAGAAACAGCAGGAGGAAUAUGAAAGAAAUAGAGACAAAGCCUUCGCUUCCGAUGCAGUCAGAAAUGAUAAAAUUGCUAUGAUGUUGGAACAAAGACAAAAUCAAGAUGUGAGGGAAUUAAAUAAAGCUGUUAAUGAGUUCCGUUCCAUGCACCAACAACCAGCGAGUAGACGUGAAUUUGAUCUGUACGAUCCUGAUUACUUAAAGAAGGACAAACCUGCUAGGGUUAGUGAUGAUGACCCAAGGUGUGGAAUUUCUAGUCUUCAGAAGUUUGAAGGGGAAGACUUGAACAACAAGGCCAGAAAACAGUACCAACAAGAACAGCUAAGAGAGUGGUCAACACAACAGAGUGACGAGAAGGCUCAGGCCAAAAGGAACAUGGACCAGGCUAACCGAUUGUAUGAACUUAAAAUGCGGGAACUUGACCAAAGGGCAAUGGACCUUGCUAACUCUGAAGACGAAUGUCGCAGGGCAAUAAAUAUGGCAGUGAAAGAUUAUAACCAGGCACUGGACCGAGAACGAAAUGAGAAGGAAAGAUUACAAAAACAACAGGAACAUGAUGAUAACAUGACAGAGAUUGCAAACCAUAUCUUCGGAGAUGUGCUGACAGAGAAUCCGUCUGUGGCCCAGAGUGCAUUUGGUCCCCAUCGUGUUAUUACUGAUAGGUGGAAGGGCAUGAGUCCUCAACAGUUGGAACAUAUACGUAACCUUCAGGAACUCCAAAGGGCAGAGAAAGAUAGACAUGACCAGGAGGAAGAGUUAAGGAAUAAAGAAUGGGAGAGACAACAGAUGGCAAACGCUCGUGCUGCUAUGCUUCUCGAACGGGAGAUGGAACGCAAGAGACGUGAUCUGGACCGUGAGCAAGCAGAGGAAAACCGACGACUUGCUACAGAGCAGAAUUCACACAAAGAUUUCUUGAACAAGGAAGUAUAUACCAACCCUCCAACAGCAGCCUAUUUUACACAAUUCAACACCACAACUCGAUAG